GGGUCGAAAAUAUGUGCUCCCUAAGUUGAAUGAUAGAGAAGCCCUGAAGCUCUUUUGCUUGAAUGCAUUUAACGACUCCUGCCCUUUAAAAGAGUUUCAAGGUUUGACAAAUAUGGUUCUGGAUUAUGCUAAGGGACACCCUUUGGCGCUUAAGGUGUUAGGGUCUGAUCUUUGUGAGAGGGAUAAUCAGUACUGGGAAGAUAAAUUGGAUAGGCUGACAAGCAAGUCACAUGGAGAUAUCUACGAAGUUCUGGAAACAAGCUAUGAGGAGCUUAGCAUUGAGCAGAAGGCUUGACAAAUUGCAUCAAAUCGUCUCUCCAAUGGAGUCUCUUCCUUCUUCCUCUGCAGAGCUCGACGUGUUUCUCAGUUUCAGAGGCUUUGACACACGCAACAACUUCACUGGCCAUCUCCAAAAAGCCCUCCGCCUUAGAGGAAUAGACUCCUUCAUCGACGACAAACUCCGCCGAGGAGACGACCUCACUGCUCUUUUCGACAGAAUUGAGCAUUCAAAGAUUGCCAUCAUAGUCUUCUCCAAGAACUACUCGAACUCCGCGUGGUGCCUCCGAGAGCUUGUUAAGAUCCUAGAGUGCAGGGACAGAAACCAGCAGCUGGUGAUACCAAUCUUCUACAAAGUGGACAAGUCCGAAUUAAAGAAUGUUCCAAAGAAGAGUUUUACGGAAGUUAAGGAGGAAGAGACUUCAACGUGGGAAGCUGCACUGACCACAGCAUUCAACAUCUCCGGCUAUGUAGUCAAUGAGUUCAGUACGUCUGAAGCCAAACUUGUGGACGAGAUUGCUGUUGACACAUUCAAGAAACUGAAUGAUUUGGCCCCCAUUGGCAACGAAGGUCUGGUGGGAGUAGACUCGCGUCUAGGGACUCUAGAAAAGCUUUUAUGUUGCGAUGACUUGGACUCUGUUCAUGUCAUUGGCGUUAUUGGAAUGGGCGGAAUUGGUAAAACUACUCUUGCUGAUUGCUUGUAUGGACGAAUGCGAGGCCAAUUCGACGGUAGCUGCUUUCUUACAAACAUCCGUGAAAACUCGAGUAGAAGCGGGUUAGAGUCUUUGCUGCAGAAACUCUUCUCUACAUUACUUAAUGAUAGAGAGCUAGAGAUUGGAGCUCCUGGAAAUGCACAUGAAAGAUUUGAGCGUCGCCUUAAGAGCAAGAGGCUGCUUAUUGUGCUUGAUGAUGUGAACGAUGAGAAGCAGAUAAGGUAUCUUAUGGGGCACUCCAAAUGGUAUCAGGGAGGAAGUAGAAUCAUCAUAACUACUAGAGAUAGUAAGCUAGUCCAGGCGGUCAAGGGUCGAAAAUAUGUGCUCCCUAAGUUGAAUGAUAGAGAAGCCCUGAAGCUCUUUUGCUUGAAUGCAUUUAACGACUCCUGCCCUUUAAAAGAGUUUCAAGGUUUGACAAAUAUGGUUCUGGAUUAUGCUAAGGGACACCCUUUGGCGCUUAAGGUGUUAGGGUCUGAUCUUUGUGAGAGGGAUAAUCAGUACUGGGAAGAUAAAUUGGAUAGGCUGACAAGCAAGUCACAUGGAGAUAUCUACGAAGUUCUGGAAACAAGCUAUGAGGAGCUUAGCAUUGAGCAGAAGGCUUGA